AUGAGUGAUCACAACCAACACCAGCCUCCUCCUCCUCCUCCUCAACAACAACCUCCUUCACAGCCUCCCAAUAAUGUUUCUCAAGAUUUGGUGUUUGAUUCUCCUCUCCCUAAUAUCGCUUGUAUAUACUCAUAUAUUUCCUUGAAUUCGCAUGCAUUUGUUGGAAAUAUAACCUUGAAAUUUAUAUAUUUCAAUAACGGGUUCGUUAAUUUUGAUUUGGCUUUUGUAAAUACUGGAAUAGGUUAUCCACCACCACCUGAAGGGUAUCCCAGGGACAUUCCUCCACCACCUUCAUAUCCCCCGCAAGGAUACCUCCCUCCACAAGGGCAAUCUCCACCUCCAGGCUAUCCUCCUCAGGGUUCUCCACAUCGUGGGCAUCUUCCUCCAAGUUCUCCGCCACACGGGUAUCCUCCUCAAGGCUAUCCGCCUCCAGGUUAUCCGCCCCAGGGUUAUCCUCCCCAAGGAUACCCUCCCCAGGGCUACCCUCCUCCCGGAUAUCCUACGCACGGCUAUCCUCCUCCAGGAUAUCCCCCUCAUUAUCACCCCCAACCUGUCCAUCAUCAGCAAGCCAAUACUAGUAGCAGCACGGGUUGUUUGAAUGGCUGCUUGGCUGCUCUCUGCUGUUGCUGUAUGUUGGAUUGCUUAUGGGGAGGAAUGUGAUUGAAGUCUUAUUUGAUCGAAGAAUAUUCUGUACAAAAUUAUUCUCCUAAAUGUAGUUGCCAAAUAUUUCUCUAUUAUUUAGGUUUUGUAUCUUCUUCUAGAGUGUCAAUUUGCAAUUCCUAUAAACAUAUGACAGUGAAAAAGGGUGUAGUACUAUUUAUUUUGAAUCUUUUAAAUAAAUUAAAUUUGGCCUUGUUAGUUUAUUGAUCAGGAAUCAGGAGCUUGGAUAGAAAUUUAGGAGAUGGAGAAGGAAUAUCUAUCUGUGACUCUGAGCAAAUAAUAUGCUCGAUCUAAUGCUUGAGGAAAAGCCCUCACUCGCUUG